GCCCCGCCCCGCCCCGGCCCGGCCCGGCCCGGCCGGCACUCGGCGCCCGCCAUGGCGGGGCUGGGGCCGGCCGCGGAGGCGCGGCCGCUGCUGGUCAAAAUCGUGAUGGCCGGAGAGUCCUGCGUCGGGAAGACCUCCAUCGUGCGCAGGUACACGGAGCCCAGCUCGCCUCCCGCCGGCUCUCCCGCCACUUCGUACAUGGCCACGAUCGGCAUUGAUUUUAAAGUAAAGCCAGUAAUGUUUAAUGAUACAAGAGUGAAACUUCAAAUAUGGGAUACUGCUGGCCAGGAACGGUUCCAUACACUUAGUACCAGCUAUUUCCGUGGUGCACAAGGCUUUGUUCUCGUAUAUGACAUCACAAAUCUGAAGAGUUUUCAAAGUAUAACAAUCUGGAUAAAUGACAUAUAUGAGAAAGCAGGUGAUGAAGUGGACGUAAUACUGUUGGGCAACAAGUGUGAUAAGGAGUCAGAACGGGUAGUUCCAAAACAGAAAGGAGAAAAGCUUGCUUGGGAAUACGGAAUGCCAUUUUUUGAGACCAGUGCUAAAGAAAACGUGAACAUUGAGCAUGCAUUCUCAGUCUUGACUAAGGAAAUCCUGGAAAAGUUUGUCUUGUAGUGGGCUUAAGGAAGAGAGAACACUUCUGUAUCCCAGUGAUCUGGAUAACUAAAGUGCUGCUUGACCUUUCAGAUACUUUUCGUCUCAGCCAUUCUAUGCUGGGUCUUGUCCUGCAGCUGUAAUUUACAUGGGCAGUCUCAUUAAAAGCAUCAGAUGUUUUUUUGAGAUUUUUUUUUUGCUUACAUUGCUAACAGCUAAAGAGUCAUGUCAUAUUUCUGAGAACUCACAAUUUUCAAACCAAUCAGUUAAUAAUAACUGAAGGCAGAGGAGUUUUAACUUCCUCUGACUGACAAGUGUUUGGAGAAGGGCAAUCAUAACCAAUUUGAUUGUAUUUGAAAGGCUGCAGUAAAAUAAAUGUUAAUGACAGAGAUUAUUCCAGGAGUUUGCUUAGACAUGUUGACAAAUAACAGUAUUUUAUUUAUACACAAGUCUUAUGAAUCUCAGCUACGCCUAAACCUGUUCAUUAAUAGAUGACAGCUGUUCUUUGACAAUGCUUCUGGUUGCCAGUGAACUAUUUGGAUUUGUGAGUCAGUCCUCUAAAAACAACCAAAACCAAAAAAAUAUCACCCAGAAUGCAGUUAGCAUUUGCCCUUUUGUGGUCUUUGGUUUCAUGCCUAGCAAGCAGUAGUGUUCUCAAGUAGGUUUUCAAAAAAAUAUUACAUGCCUUUGUAUGUGACCUUUUGGGUGUGAUUGUUGGUAUUUUUCUAAACUAGG